UAGGGUAUAUCUGUUUUCUUGCUCGUUAGCGUUUUACAUAUUAUAAGAUAGAAAUUAAAGUAUAUUUCACGCUCAUUCAGCACCACCAUAUGGAUGUUGCAAAUGUUAACCCGAGCAACAAUGUUGUUGACAUUCUCUCAGCUCCUCGAUUGAGUCGAUAUGAGAGUCAGAAACGUCGUGAUUGGAACACGUUUUGUCAAUACAUAAGAAAUCAUCAUCCUUUAAUGUCACUUCUGCAAUGCAGCAGCAUUCAUGUUCUGGAAUUUCUAAGGUACUUGGAUCAGUUCGGAAAGACUAAAGUCCAUAACCUAAAUUGUCCAUUUUUUGGGAUGCUAAAUCCUCCGGCACCCUGUGCUUGCCCUUUAAGGCAAGCAUGGGGAAGCCUGGACGCUCUUAUAGGGCGUCUUCGUGCUGCUUAUGAAGAACAUGGAGGAAAUUCGGAAAUGAACCCGUUUGGAGCUAAAGCAGUUAAGCUAUUUUUACGCGAUGUUCGUAAUUUUCAGUCCAAGUCUAGAGGAAUUAGCUAUGACAAAAAAAGGAAAAAAUCAAGAAGAAAUCAGAAAAAUAUAAUGGCAAUGAAAGAAGUUGAUCAUCAGAUUCAUGAUGAUAAGAAUGUAGGUGCAAAUAUUGUUAUUGAGUAA